AUGAAAAGCUUACGGAGGAACCCCUCGUCUCACCCACACGCCGCCAAUGUUUCUAGCAAAGUCUUCGUGCGAACAACAAAAAGAGGAAAGGUUCAGAAAAUUGUACGAGAGCUUUAUCUAAGACAAGAUAUUCCAUGCUCGUCAAAGUUGUGCUCUUACUGCCUUUCAUAUGCUCCGACAGAUGCCAACGACAAUGUUACGCCGUUUGUCCUAUCUGAACGUCCGGCAGGUACAAAAGCAUUCCCAAGAGGACACUACCUGAUGCCCGAUACCAAUGCGCUCCUCAAUGGAAUGGACCUUUUUGAGCAGACGAGCGCGUUUUACGAUGUUAUUAUUUUACAGACAGUGUUGGAAGAGCUUAGGAACCAAUCUCCCCCCUUGUAUAAUCGGUUAAUAUCCUUGAUUCGAAGCGAAGAGAAACGAUAUUAUCUUUUUUUCAACGAGUUCCGACUAGAAACGCAUGUUCGUCGAGAGCCGGACGAGAGUAUAAAUGACCGCAAUGACAGGGCGGUGCGGACUGCGGCAAAAUGGUAUUCUGAGCAUCUGAGCGAGGUUUUGAAGAAAAGCAAGCAAAGCUACACAGUCCCAGCAAUUGUCGUUAUCACUGACGACAAAGAUAACAUAUUGAAAGCCAAAAAAGAGGGAGUUUCUGCUCUGUCAUUGUCAGAUUAUGUCUCUGGCCUCGAGGAUGCGGAUAGACUUUUGGACAUGGUUACUGCGUCCAGGUCGGCCCACGACGCAAAAGCCCAGAGAGGGCAACUGAUCUAUCCCGAAUACUAUUCCAUAUCAAAAUUCAUGACCGGUCUCCGUGCGGGAACUCUACAUCAAGGGACAUUCAACGUCUCUCCAUACAACUACCUCGAAGGGUCAGUUCAGGUAGCCGCGUUUGACAAGUCACUUCUUAUACUUGGGCGGGAGAAUAGUAAUCGAGCAAUUGCCGGAGAUUUAGUUGUCGUCGAGGUAUUACCGAAAGAUCAAUGGAAGUCUCCUUCCACAAAAAUCGUCGACGAAGAGGCGUUAACCAAGGACGAGAACCCGGAAUUUGAAGAAAACGAAGCUGUUGUGACGGAAAAGGAACGGAGAGCACUCCAAGAGGACGUUAGAAAGGCCCAUGGAACGAGCGCCGAAGGGAGAGCUCAGCCUACAGCUCGUGUGGUCGGGGUGAUUAAAAGAAACUGGCGCCAAUACGUAGGCAACAUCGAUGGAGGCUCAUUCAGUGCUGAAGCUUCUUCCGGACGCCGACAACAAACAGUCUUCGUGAUCCCUAUGGACAAGCGGGUUCCUAAGAUCAGGAUACGCACCCGACAGGCUAGUGAGCUGCUGGGUCAGCGCAUAUUAAUAACAAUUGAUUCGUGGGAUCGAGACUCCCGUUAUCCGACUGGCCAUUAUGUACGGUCCUUGGGUGAAUUGGAAACAAAGGCCGCGGAAACGGAAGCUCUUUUACUUGAAUACGACGUGCAAUACAAGCCAUUCUCACAAGCGGUUCUCAAUUGCCUUCCGCCAGAAGGCCAUGACUGGAAAGUUCCUGAGAGCCUGAACGAUCCCUUGUGGAAGGAUAGGAAAGACUUGAGAGAUUUGCUAGUCUGCAGCAUAGAUCCUCCGGGGUGCCAGGAUAUCGAUGAUGCGUUACACGCAAGACCGCUUCCUAAUGGCAAUUUUGAAGUCGGCGUCCACAUCGCUGACGUUUCUCACUUUGUCCGGCCUAAUAAUUCAAUGGAUACAGAAGCCAGUAUGAGAGGAACGACGGUAUACUUGGUUGAUAAACGUAUUGACAUGUUACCGAUGCUGCUCGGUACUGAUCUAUGCUCCCUAAAGCCGCACGUUGAACGUUUUGCGUUCUCAGUGAUAUGGGAGAUGACUCCUGACGCGGAGAUCGUGUCUGCAAAUUUUACCAAAUCUGUGAUAUUUUCUAAAGAAGCCUUUAGCUACGAACAAGCCCAAUUACGAAUUGACGACCAAUCUAAGAACGACGACCUCACUCAAGGCAUGCGCACCUUACUCCGCCUCUCCAAAACCCUGCGACAAAAACGCAUGGAUGCUGGAGCCCUCAACCUCGCUUCCCCAGAGGUUCGCAUUGAAGCCGAGUCCGAACUCAACGACCCCGUAGCCGAUGUAAAAACCAAAGCUCUCCUUGACACAAACAGUCUCGUUGAAGAGUUCAUGCUUCUCGCCAACAUCACCGUCGCCUCACGCAUUUACCAAGCAUUCCCACAAACCGCCCUCCUUCGUCGCCACGCCACACCUCCUCCACAAAACUUCGAACAACUAAUCGCUCAACUUUCCAAGAAGCGCGGAUUUUCACUCGACGUAUCUAGCUCCCUUGCCCUCGCAACCUCCCUAGACAAAUGCGUCGACCCGUCCAAUCCCUUCUUUAACACCUUGAUCCGUAUCCUUGCAACCCGUUGCAUGACAUCAGCCGAAUACUUCUGCGCCGGCGCCCAUGCAGAAACAGAAUUCCGGCAUUACGGCCUCGCUUCACCCAUCUACACGCAUUUCACUUCCCCCAUCCGUCGAUACGCCGAUCUAGUCGUCCAUCGCCAACUUGCCGCCGCCAUUGGGUACGAAGGACCAGGCGCGUCAGUGGGAGAAGGUCUUACGACUCGGAGUAGGUUAGAAGAUAUCUGCAAGAAUAUCAACCACCGGCACCGCAACGCGCAAUUCGCCGGCCGGGCCAGCAUAGAAUACUACGUCGGACAAGCGCUCAAGGCGCGGGGGGAGAUGGAAGCUACAAAGUCCGGGAGCGAGACCGGCGCGGCGGCGGGCGUGGAUGAGGAAGGGUAUGUGAUGCGCGUGUUUGACAAUGGGGUUGUGGUGUUUGUGCCGAGAUUUGGCAUCGAGGGUGUGGUUCGGCUGGAGGAUUUUUUGCUUCCAGGUCAGAAGGCGGAGGAGCUUGGGACUACUGGCGGGAAACAGAUUGCUGGGAUGAGGGAGAGUGAGUUUGAUCCCGACGAGUAUGCGUUGAGGGUGCGGGAGAGGCACCAGGAGAGGGAGGGUGGAAAGGCGGCAAAGGCCAGCGUCUUCGUUGAGUUGUUUGAGAAGGUCAAAGUCAAUGUCAGCUCUGUAAAAGAAGAAGGGGUUCGUGGAGCCGGAAAGCGGAGGGUGCGGAUUCUGGUUUUGGGAAAGGCGUGA